AUGAUUGAGGACAAGUACAUCGGCCUUGCGUUGGCCGUUUCAUCGGCUCUAGCAAUUGGCACGAGCUUCGUUAUCACCAAAAAGGGUUUGAUGCAAGUAGAGGAAAGACAUGGCUUCGAGGGUGAUGGAUAUGUCUACAUGCGCAAUCCCCUUUGGUGGGCUGGUAUCGCAACUCUCGGUAUCGGAGAGAUUUGCAACUUUGCUGCCUACGCCUUUGCGCCAGCGAUCCUGGUCACUCCUCUUGGCGCUCUCUCAGUUCUCAUCGGCGCGGUUCUCGGCUCAUAUUUCCUCAAGGAAGAUCUCGGCAUUCUAGGCAAGCUGGGAAGUGCCAUUUGCCUGAUUGGCGCCGUCGUCAUUGUUCUACAUGCGCCGCCUGACGAGGAGAUUGAGACUACUGAUCAGAUCCUUCACUACGCCGUGCAGCCUGGUUUCCUCCUCUAUGCCAUCGCCGUCGUCGCGUUCGCUGUCUUCAUGAUCUACCGAGUUGCCCCAUACCACGGCAAGAAGAAUGCGCUCAUCUAUCUCUCCAUCUGCUCGACUGUCGGCUCCAUUUCCGUCAUGUCUGCCAAGGCUUUCGGCAUCGCCCUCAAGCUUACCUUUGCAGGCAACAACCAGUUCAGCCACCCUUCGACUUAUGUCUUUAUGAUUUUGACUGGUCUCUGCAUUGUCACCCAAAUGAAUUACUUUAACAAGGCACUUGCUUGCUUCCCCAGCAACAUUGUCAAUCCUCUUUACUAUGUCACCUUUACGACCGCCACGCUCUGCGCCUCCUUCAUCUUGUUCAGCGGAUUCAACACCACGGACCCUGUCAACACCGUUUCGUUGCUUUGCGGCUUCCUCAUCAUUUUCACCGGCGUUUACCUUCUUAACCUCUCGAGAGGUGACCCCGACGGCCAAAAGCUCGCCGGUUCGCGCUCAGGCUACGACGCCACCCCGACCGACAUGGUUUCCAGUUUCCAGACCCGUCGCAGUAUGCAAGCCCGCCGCAGCGGAGAUCCUGGGCGCCACAGCAUUGGCAGCGCCAAUGGUGAUCGCGAGGGUCUGAUCCGCGCGUACGAUGAGGAAGAGGCUGCCGGCUUCGGCCUGACCGAUCUAGCCGAGGAGAGCGAAGAUGAGGGCAGCAGCCGACCCAAUGGCCACGCCAGCCGAAGCAAGGAGCAGGAUGCCAUCGAGCUCCAGAGUCGAAAGUCAUCAGGGCGAUAA